GGGAGAAGGAGCAACGGAGGGGGGACGGAGAGAGGGAGGGAGGGAGGAGGGAAGAUCGAGUGAGGAAGCCGUGCGUGGCAACGCCCGAGCUUUCGUUGGCGUCAUCGAUCGAUGUCGGUGAUGCGAGGCGACGGUCGUGGUAGCAGCAAAUGGCGCUUGGGAUCGUGCGGAGACGAGUAAGCGCGGUCGGGAUCUGCGGUGGAGACGCCCGCCGCGCUCGUUUAAGUUGUACGUCGAGAUCUGUGGUUGACGUUUCGGCGUCGAGGAGGGAAUGGCGGGGUUGGGGUCGGGGUCGUCGCAGUUACGGAGGAUGGUUAAGGAUGAGGCGGAGGCGGCGGAUGAUCGGGCGGGACCGACGGGCGGAAGCGGUAGAGGGUUCGGCAGGGGGGGGGGGGGGGGGGGGGGGGGGGGGGGGGGGGGGGGGGGGGGGGGGGGGGCGGGGUUGGGGUCGGGGUGGAAAUGGGGGAAGAAGCAAUGUCGAACGCGGAGGGGGAGGGCAGCAAGAUCAGUCGACUCAGCAGACGAGCUUAGGAGGAGGGCGAGGAAGAGGAGGAGGAAGAGGAAGGGGAAGAGGGAGAAGGGGGGGAGAAGGAGGAGGAGGAGGAGGCGGAGGAGGAGGCGGAAGAGGGGGAAUGAAAGGUCGAGGUGUUGGCGAUGGUGGCCGUGGUGGUGGUGCUGGGAUCACUCUCUCGGCGCUGCUGAAGCUGAAGCCGCCAUUUCAGACAGAAGAGCAGAUGUCGACGUUCGUACAUUUGUCGUUUUGUGCAGCUGAUUCGUCGCAACUGGUUCUCCAGAUCGGCAGCGCUUCAUCCAACGGCAGGGAACUUCUCAGGGGCAUUUUCGCAAAAGCUGUGGAUAAUGGCGCCCUCGUCUCUGUAACUGGUCAUUCAUCUUCUUCUUUUUCUUCUUCUUCUUCUUCUUCUUCUUUUUCUUCUUCUUCUUUUUCUGCCGUUGGGGGUGAUGGGGUGCGACGGGUCGGUGCACGGGGCACUGCCAGCGUGUCCUUUCACCGAAUCAUUUUGCCAAUCCUUCAUUUAAUCACUCGGCCGGAGUUCUGCAACUCCACUCUCAGCGACAUAGUCAACUCGAUCUUCGCUACAAUCAACGGCGUCGAUGGCCUCACGAGUUUUUUACGAGAUUGUCUCAGGCUCUUAUUCGAAGGAACCGGAGGAGGAGGAGGAGGAGGAGGAGGAGAAGGUGGAGGAGAAGGUGGAGGAGAAAAACGAGGAGGAGAAGGAGGUGAGAGAGCAGGAGAAGCAGGAGGAGGAAGAGUUGGUGGGCAAACAGCAGCAGCAGCAGCAGUAGCAGCAGCAGGAGGAGGAGGAGGAGGAGGAGGAGGAGAAAAACGAGGAGGAGGAGGUGAGAGAGCAGGGGAAACAGGAGGAGGAAGAGUUGGUGGGCAAACAGCAGCAGCAGCAGGAGUAGGAGUAGGAGUAGGAGGAGGAGGAGGAGAAAAUGUUGUUUUGCCGCCUUGGCGUCGAAUUCUGCGGGAAGGCGAUGGCGGGAAAGGUCUGAUGACAUCUUCUUCUACCUCGGCCUCUUCUUUGUCGUAUUCGUGUUCUUCUUCUUACUUCGGGUUAUCUCAUGUCACCGGUGCUUCGGGGAGUAGGAGACCAGGGACUAGUACAUCGCCUGCGCGUGCAUCCAACGCGGAUGGCUGGGUGCCUUCCACGUGGCACGAUUUCUUCGCGCCGGUGAUUGCCUUCAAGGCCCUCGUUCUUCAGCGUUUUCAGCAAUUGCAGGCAUCGGAAGAAGAAUGGCAGUUCGUUAAAGAUAUCAACCAGCUUUACGCUCGGUGUGAGUCGACCUGUGACCGAGAUGGAGUAGGAGGAGGGGGAGGUGGUGGUGUAGCGGCCGGGUCGGACGCGAUCGGCAGCGGGAUCGGGUUUGCCGUCGUCGUUGGCGGUGAGAAAAAGAGAGCCGAUGAUGUCAGACGUGGACUGGAGCGGCUUGUCAGGCUGGUGCAGUCUGCUAGCCGUCAGAUCGAGAGGACAAAGGCACGGGAGCAAGAGAAACAACGCCUGGAGUUACUCUAUCCGACGAGAGCAGUAGAUGUUGGUAUUGGUAUUGGUAGUUGGGGAAGUGGGAGUAGGGGUAGGAACGGUAGUAAUCAUCAUACACUUCUUAACGAGGAGGAGGAGACGACGGCAAAGGUGGUGGAGAAUGGAGGUCAACCUUAUCCGAAUCCUCAUUCUCAGCAUCGUAAUCAUUGUAAUGAUUACCCGCAUCUUGUUAAGCAGCAGGCUGGCAAGAUGGUGGAAAGUGAUGGUCCUGGAAGUUUGUCGUUUAGCGGCGAUUCUCGACACGACAACGAUUUCGAGGAUAUCUGCCACGUGUCAAUCAUCCCGACUGCCGAUGAGCUGUUGUCUGGUAGGAGACCUUAUCUCCCGCGCAAUCCGCCGAACACGUGUCAUCACGCCGACGAUCAGCCCGUUGCCAGGCUGGCAGAUGUCCAUUUCCGGUUGCUGCGAGAGGAUAUGAUGGCGCCCAUGAGAGAGAGAGCCCUCCUCUUCUCCUUCGUCAGCGAGAGCUGCCCGAGUCCGCAUUUGAAUCUCAGAAGCGGACGGCUGAGGAUUGCGAGAAAGGAGAGAGAGAGGAUGCUGUCCGUUGCGCGGGGCUUCGAUCGACGGCGAUGGCCGACGGACGACGCGAAUGACGUGGACAUCUUCCUCUUCCGCCACGUGGAGGUGGAGGGAGUAAAUCUUGCGAAGACCGGAGGGACCGCCUUCACACUUGAGAUAGACUGUCCGUUGUCGGGCAGGUCGAUGUCAGACAGGAGGGCGUUCUGGGCAAGGACGAAGAGGUUGCAGCACGGCUCCUUGGUGUGUUUAUGGGAACGAAGAUCAGCAAGACAUCCUUCUUCUUCUUCUUCUUCUUCUUCUUUUUCUUUUUCUUGCUCCUCCUCCCCCUCCUCCGCCUCCUCUUCUUCUUCUUCUUUCUCUACAGCUUCUUCUGCUUUCCCUCAAAGCAGCAGAUCGAAGGGGGGUGAACAAGGCGGGCUAUUAAGCAGAAGGAAUGGAGAUCGGGAUAGAGAGGGAGAGGAGGAGAAAGGGAAAGGGGUCUGGUGGGAGGGGGAGGAGGUACAAAGUGAAGGAAAGGCGAAGAAGCCAUGGAUAAUUUUCGGAGUCGUCAGCAUGACUGGAGAGCCGGCGGAAGGACACGUGUCAGCCAGAGGGGGGAGGGGAUUCGACAGGGCGAGGGUUCAAAUCUCUCGUGCAGAUCGGGGAGCGUUCGAUGAAGGAGAGAUGCGCUUGCUGUUUGAUCAUUGGAAAUGGCCCGUACAAGGGAGGAAAGAGGACGGAGGAGGAGGAGGAGGAGGAGGAGGAUAUGAAGAGAAGAACGGCUUGUCGACCUGUGGAAUGGGAUCGGGAUCGGGAUCGGAGUCGGAAUUAAUCAUGAUUGAGAUGUGUGGGAGUUUUUUCUCGUUCUAUCCUGUGCUGAGCGUGCUGCAGAGAAUAGGAGAAUACACUUUCCCUUUCGGGAAUAUUCUGUGCGGAGAGCCAGAACGAGCGGGAGCAGAACAAGCGGGAACUUCCAUUUUGGGAAAAAAUAGUGCAGAGCGUUUGCAGCCGUGUUUACCGGAGUAUGUUUCGCUUGACACGUGCUAUGAUCUCCGUCCGCUGUUGAAUAAUCGACGUGACCUUUCAUCUGCCCCGGCGGUAUCCGUUCUCCCUCCUCGUCCUCUUCCUCCUUUGUCUUCUCUUUUUGGUUCGUCUUCUUCUUCUUCUUCUUCUUCUUCUUCUUCUUCUUGCUCUUGGCUGGAGGAGAAAGAGAGAAGAAGAGAUGGGGUUAAGAUUAACGAUGCAGCAGCAGCAGCGACGACAAGGAUUAUGGAUGUGGUGGCUGAAUCGCGACGCCACGUGGACAUGACACGUGUCCCGAUCGCGACGGAGUUCCCAUUGGAGGAGUUGCUGAAGCAUUCAACACUAGAUCGGGCUCAAGCGGAAGCCGUAAGGGCCGCCCUCACACAGGAAGUCGCGCUCAUUCAGGGACCUCCUGGAACAGGCAAGACCUACAUAGGAACGAAGCUGGUCAGCCUGCUGCUACACAAUGCGUCGUCAUCCUCAUCACUGCCUUAUGGACCACGAACAGGACCUCAAAUUGAACCCAUCUUGUGCGUAUGUUACACCAACCAUGCCCUGGAUCAGUUUCUGGAAGGAUUGAUGGACCAAGGUGUGAAGAGGAUUGUCCGUGUGGGGCGGCGGUCUAAGAAUCCAAGGUUAGAAAAAUUCAAUCUGGAAGAAAUCUGGAAGGUGGAGGCGGGAGAUUACCGCUAUAGAUUCAGAGAGUUGCGCACAGAGGAGUUCACGAUACGCACGGAGAUGGACGCCCUGAAGAAGGAGAUCAACAUGGAUAUGGAGGACCUGAUCUCGAUCGGGAGUCGGGAUUGGGAAUCCAUGACCCCUUCGGAGCAGUGGGGCAGGCUCCAGCGGUUUCUCUGGACUGCGCAUCCUCGUCAGUAUGAGUCGCUGGUGAACGAGGAGUUGCGGGACCACCGAGGUGUUAAAUCCAUCAUCAUGGAAGAUGCCGAAGAAGAUGAGCACGUGCAUGCAGCAGCAGCACCACCAUCACCAGGAGGAGCAGAUAGUAUUGAUGUCAACAGGCUGAAUUCGACCACCACUACGAUGGAUGGUUUCACGGUCGCCAAAGGACGGGGCAGGCGGCAGCAUGUCUUCAAGCGGUGGUUGGAUGGGAUGCCCUCUUCCUCGUUGAGAUGGCGAGAAAAUCAGUCGCGGAAAAAUCAAAAUCAACGGCGGAAAAUCAAAAUCAACAGCGGAUUGGAUUCUCGUCGUGGUGGGUGGAAUGCCACGUCAUCAGCAGGUGGAGAUGGCGAAGCAGGUCGGAGAGCGAAGGGAAGCGAUGAUGAUGGCUCGGGAUUGAGACACCGGUUGCCAGAAGAACAGUCGGGACAGCCGAGUUCUGAUCAGGAGGAGGAGAGUGACCUGAUUGAGUACAGGUGCUCAAGCUUCUACUCCGCGCUCUGCGGCUUGGAUCCUGAACCCUCUCCCCCACCUUCCUCCCCCUCCUCCCCCUCUUCCCCGAUCUUUACCCCCCCCUCCCCUCAGUUCUCUUCUGAUUGGUCAUCCUCAGAUCUGGUGCCUGUACCGCAAACAGAGGGAGAGGAGGUUGGAGCAUCAAAGCCGCCGAGCUCAUACCUUCGCCGCAUUUUUAGCCGCAUUUUUAGCCCGAAAUCGGCUGCCACAUCAGCAGCAGCUGCAUCGGCAGGUCAAUCCAGUGGACUAGCAGAAGAUGAACCACAGCAGCAGGACGAGGAGGAGGAGGAGAUUCGUCGUCAGCAGAUGGUGGAUCACCUGCAAGAUUUUUGUGAACGGCGAUCGCGACACGUACCUUCUGGUGGUCGUGGGGUGGUGGAGGCGGUUGGAGUGGUUAGUCGCUCCGCAGCUGAUGGAUUAGCGGGUCAAUGCAGUAGCAGCAGCAGUCGCACCGUCAGCUCUUUGGCAACUUCAUCUGACCACACUGCCAAUGUGGCACGUAACGGCAGUGGCAGCACGAUCAGCAUCAGCAGCUCUUUGGCCACGUCAUCGGCCAACAGUGCUGACGUGUCACCCUCUGCUAGUCGCUCCCUACUCCAAGUAGAUGACGUUUGGAGCCUUAGUCGUGCCGAAAGACGCCAACUCUUUCAGAUAUGGCGAGAGGAGGAGUUCAGCAUGCGGCUCAACGACCUGAGGGAAGACAUGGAAAAGUUCUCAGGAUUGGGCGACUCCUUGAAAUCCGUAUAUGAAGCCAAGGAUCUGAGUAUCCUUAAGAGUGCCCAGAUUGUUGGAAUGACCACAACCGGAGUAGCGAAGCAUCAGAGGCUCGUCACUGCCCUCGCUCCUCGAGUGAUCGUCGUGGAGGAAGCUGCUGAAGUUCUAGAAGCACAUGUUCUUGCUUGUCUGUCUGCGGCCACACAGCACCUCGUCCUGAUCGGGGACCACUUGCAGCUUCGGCCGAAGAUAGAAGUCUACCAACUGAGCAUGGACUCCUGCAGGGGCUACAAUCUGGAUCUCUCGCUCUUUGAGAGACUUGUGCGAUUUGCCAAUUUUCCGGUAUACACGUUAGAGGAGCAAAGGCGGAUGCGGCCGUGCAUCUCCGAGCUGGUUCGGUCGAUAUAUCCGACGCUUCGCGAUCAUCCAUGUGUCGAGACUUACCCACCGGUCCGUGGGAUGCUACACGAUGUAUUCUUCUGGGAGCACGAUCAUCGGGAGUGGGGAGGAGGAAACGACGAUGUGGAAAUGUCGAAAUCGCGAACGAAUGAUUACGAGGUCAAGAUGGUUGUGGGGUUGGCCAAGUACCUCUUUGCGCAGGGCUACAGGCCGGGUGAAAUCACGGUCCUGACGCCGUACCUGGGUCAGUUUCAGAAGCUGCGAACGUGCCUGUCUCAGACCAUGGUGGUUCACAUAGAUGAACGGGACAAAGACGAGCUCAGGAAAGCGGGCAUGAUAGAGACGGAAUCUGACGGGGAUCUGGGCAAUGAAGGCAGCACGGAGGGCCAGCAAGAGACAGGGGACGGGCAUACCGCCAGGCUAGAAAAGGUCGAACCAACGGUUGUUUCAAAGAAGCCUCUGGAGGCCGCUGUGCGGCUGGCUACAGUCGACAAUUUUCAAGGCGAAGAAAGCGAAAUCAUUAUUUUGUCACUGGUUCGGAACAAUCAAGAUGGCAACAUUGGCUUUUUGAAGUCGCCCAAUCGUGUAAACGUGAUGCUGUCCAGAGCAAAGCACGGGCUGUAUAUCCUUGGGAAUGUGGCCACUCUUUGUGCCCACGAGCAUUCGAAGAUGUGGCCGCAUGUGACCAAGAUUCUGCGAGAUGCGGAGCGGCUGGGAGCUGCCUUACCUCUUCGCUGUGCUCAGCAUCCGGACAAGAUUACUUCAAUUGAGUCGGCAGAGGAUUUCGCUGUGCUAGUUCCAGAUGGCGGGUGCAAUCUUCCUUGUGGAGUGAGACUUCCAUGUGGGCACGAAUGUCCAAGGAGGUGCCAUCCUGAUGAUCGCGCGCACGAAGGAGUGUUGUGUCGGAAACCGUGUGCUCGACUCCGUCCUGCGAGCGAAUGCCCUUAUCAACACCCGUGUCCUAAGGAGUGUGGGGUUCCUUGUGGUGGAUGCGAGGCACGUGUGCCGGAUGUUCAACUACCAUGUGGUCACAGCGAGAGCGCUCUGCCCUGCUGGAUGACAAAGGACCUCCAAUCCAUCGUCUGUCGAGUGCCAAUUCCUGCGGUCGAACUGUCGUGCGGGCACCUCAAAAGUGGUCUUCGCUGCUGGCAAGUACGAGAUCUCGGAGGAGUGAAGUGCAACGUACCCAUGGAGGUAACACUUGAAUGCGGGCAUUCACGACCAAACCUUCCGUGCUGGCAGACGCACGACUUCAAGGGCGUUCCGUGUCAUGUGCAAGUGGAUGUAACGCUUCCAUGUGGCCACACGAUCAAGUCCACUUGCUCGAGAAAUAGGCUCAUGCGGACGCUGAAUGCGACAGAUGAGUGUUCUGUGAGUUUGCGCAACGUGGUCUUGCCAUGCGGGCACGUGGUUGCGGAACUUCCGUGCUCAAAGACGAGGGACCUGAAAUACGUCGUUUGUCAAGAGAAGGUUGAAAUGGUGAUGCCACACUGUGGUCAUUCGAGGGAGGUGAUCUGUGGGCAGAAGGAAGAUGUUGUGAAGUCCCUGUACGAAUGUCAGAGCCCAUGCCUAAUGCCGCUGGCAUGUGGGCACCUUUGCAAGUCACUGUGCGGGGAGUGCUUCCGACGAACAAUUCCCCCGGGGAAAAGUUUUGAAUUGCUUCCAAAAAGAGACGAUUCGACGUUUAAUCACGGCCCGUGUAAUGGAAGGUGCGAGAACGUACUGGUCUGCGGGCAUCGCUGCGGUGGAAUCUGCCAUGACAAACAGAAGACAAGCUGCAGGUCAUGCGAGGGUCAGUGCCCCGUUGCAUGUACGCAUGGACGGUGCUCCCAUCCCUGCGCAGAAGUGUGUGUCCCCUGUCUGAGGCCAUGCACAUGGAGGUGCUCUCACGACAAGGGAAACUGUCGACUACCAUGUAGUGCGCCGUGCGACCGACUCCCAUGUGAUCUUCGAUGCGACCGUGUUCUCAAAUGCGGACACCGGUGCCCAUCCUUGUGCGGCGAGCCUUGUCCGCCUGCCAAGUAUUGCAUCGAAUGCCCUGCUGGUAGGAAGACAUGGCAGAGCCGAAUCGCAUUGAGGGAAAGCAACAGGCGACCUAACGGAAGCAGCAGCUCCAGCUCCCCAUCAACAAACGGCGGGAUGGAGCCAUUCAUUGUCCUGCCGUGUGGCCACUGUUUUGAAGUGUCUGACCUUGACUCUCAUCUGGGAAUGGAUCGGUACUACGAGAAGAGUGAGGGAGCAUUGGCGCACGGCGGAUGGAGGUGGAAAUGCGCAAAGGACUUCCCAAAGCGGUUUACGAACCCAAAGCUGUGUCCGGAAUGCCAGUGUCUAAUCACAGGGGUCAAUCGGUAUGGACGCCUGAUAAAGCGAGCGAUGCUGGACUGGAACGAGAUGAAGUUUGUGGUGGCCACUCAUCGGAAGGUGAGAGAAAUGAGGCUGAGUGUAAGCAGCCUGAGGGAGACGAUCGCAAGGCGCAUACUGACCGGAGAGGAGCCUGAUGAGUAUCGCAUUCCUGGAAGAGGGCAGAUUGGCGAUAGGGAAACGUCCAGGGGCAUGGUGCGAAUGAUCACGGAGUGGGUUCUCACCCUUAUGGAGAGGUCUAAUGUGGUGAUCCAGGACUGCUAUCGAUCUCCCUCUGUCUGCCUGUUUGCCGCUGCAGCCAGAGCGUCCAAAGCCAAAGGGACAUGCGUUUUGAAGGACCACCUUGCACUGAUGGCAGAGCAGAUUGAUGUUCCAGCUCCGCACAUUGGGCUGGACGUUUAUUUGCUAAUAUUUCGCGGAAAUGCGUUGACAGUCGCGAUGCACACGAUGCAUUGUCUGCUCUGGGAGGCUGCAACCAAGUCCGUGAACAGCUGCGAACCGCACAUUAAAAGCGCCUUGGGUGACAGAUGGGAUAGCUAUGCGAAGAAGAAGGCGAGGCGGCAAGAAUCGUCAGCUGCUUGGAAUGCCAGAGAGUGGGCUGGAAAAGCGGCUCGGCAUUUUACGGAGGCAUUCAACAUGUAUGGGGUUGCUCGUACACGAGCUGAGGAAAGCAGUUGCUGGGAAGCCUACAGAGAGGCUCAGUUAUCGGCUGCUCGUCUGUUAAUCGCUUGUGCCGGAGGGUCGCUGGCGGAGGCAUUAGCUGCGGACCUUCUUCAUUUCUGCGAUUCCGUGUUGCAGCGAGCCCAUGGAGAUGGUGGAGGCAAGGCAGGCCACCAUGCAAGCGCGAAAAGGUUUACGUCGUUCAUACGGAUCAACAAACGCCAGGAUGGUUUGCUGGACGAUGCGGUGCGGAUGUGUCGAUCGAUAAUAAACGGUAAUCCUUCCGCCAGCAUGCAUCACGUUGAGACUGCCGAGUCGCUGCUCCAGAUGGUGGAAUUUGUAAGGGGGCGCAUGAGAUGUUUCCGGGACAACGAGGACGGUGAAUUGCGAAGUCAUGCGAAGGACGUCCUCGAGAUGCUGGGUGAGUUGUUCGAUGUUGAGAUUGGAACCAAGGAGUCCGAGUCCGUGGAGGGACUGGGAUUUGUAGGGAAAACAAGUAGAUACGGAGUAGGAAAGAGAUACUACGACAAGUGGUGGCGACGAUGCAGGAGUGGGCAUGUGGUGAUUUCAGAAGGAAACAGCACUAUGGAUGGUCCUCAGUGUAUCGAGUGUCGGUCUUUGUGACCAAUCACAAAUCCGCAAGAGGGAGGUUAUAUUUGCCUGCAGCUGCACAUAGCGUGCAGGAGAGCGGCAUUCAUAAGAAAAGAAGACCGAAUGCCAAUAAGAAAAGAAGACCGAAUGCCAAUAAAUCGAACCUUGUACA